AUGCCACAGCAGCACAGGGGCUGGCCUGCAGCAGCAGCAGCAGCAGCAGCCAAUGCCACAGCAGCACAGGGGCUGGCCUGCAGCAGCAGCAGCAGCAGCAGCAGCAGCAGCGCAGGGGCUGGCCUGCAGCAGCAGCAGCAGCAGCAGCAGCAGCAGCAGCAGCAGCAGCAGCGCACCAUCAACCCUUUUGACGAUGUCCCGCAGCCGAACGACAAGGCGGCGAAUGCCCGGCUGUCCGAACGUGUAGUGAUCCUGCAGCAGCAGCAGCAGCAGCAGCAGCAGCAGAAGCAGCAGCAGCAAUAA